AUGUCGUCGUCGAUAGCAAUCCCCAAACGCAAGCAGCCUGGCUCCAGCAGCUCUGCCUUUGCUUCUGCCUCGUCGUCUUCGUCGUCUUCUUACCCUAGCUGGGCCAACAACGCUGCCUCUCCUUCAUUCUCACCCUCAUCUCUGGCCUCGACGUCUGCGUCUCCGUCUUCGGCCUCGACCCAAUCGUCCAUGGCCCGCUAUGCCGAGAGAAGACCUUCACUGCUUGGUGACUCGCUUUCCAAAUCCGAGUACACAGUCGUCAACAUUGGCGGACCCGAGAACCCUCGUCUGGUGAGUACAUCAAGCCAUGCCUUGUUUAUCUCAUAUCUCAACUCAACGUCUAACGUCGAUUGCANNGACAUCUUCCUUCCAUCCUACCUCGACUACGACUCUUCAGACCUCGAGCACAGACCUGAUCCCGUCCAGGAGAUCAUCCUCACAGAUGAGGAGGCUGCAGCCAUUCUUCCCAAAUAG